ACUCAGGAACGUGCCAUCCACAAGUUCAGGAACACACGUGCAAGUCAAUCCUCUUUUAUUAUCUCACCCACUUGGUAGCUGUGAAGCAAAGGAGAAGCUAGACACAGAGAAAGAGAGACCCUUUUCAAUGGAAUCUGUUCUAAGCCACGUUGGUGCAGGUUUAUGCUAUGGCAUAACACCAUUGAAGGGGUUAGGUGAGAGCAAAAGGGGAGUUUUAGGUUCCCGAUUCAAUUCUUGUUCCUUUGGUGUUGGUGGCUUUGAUGGUAAGAGAGCAAAGCGCAUGGUGUUGGUGAAAGCAGAAGCUGUGAGUAUAAACCCAGAUAUCAGGAAGAGUGAAGAUAAGGUGGUGGAUUCUGUGGUGGUCACAGAACUCUCCAAGCCCCUCACAGCUUAUUGCAGAUGUUGGAGAUCAGGGACUUUUCCUCUGUGUGAUGGAAGCCAUGUAAAGCAUAACAAAGCCACUGGGGAUAAUGUUGGGCCUCUUCUUUUGAAGAAGUGAAAUUAUGAUGGUCUCGGCUUGUUUUAUUAGUCAAAUUAAAUUUUCAAACGAAGUUUGCUGUGCAUCAGACUUGGCAUUUCAAUGUUAGAAAUAAAACGUGGCUUGUGCCGUGAUUCCUUUUUCUGUUGGUUUUAUAUAUCUGUGUAUUAAUUUUAUUGAGGUGAGUUGCCUUAGUGGCAAUGUACUACCAUGUAUGGUGAUUUCUGAGAUUGAGAGGUACAUGCUUUGCUUUGGAUAUUUUCUUCCA